AUGGCCAUCCAGGUCCGGGUUCAAAAGUCAGCCUCCAGGCUCUUCAGGAAUCGCUUAACCAGCGGGGAGAGCAGAAUCCAGAAGGCAGGGGGUGAGCGCCCCAAAGCUGGCGGGGUCCGGAAGGAUGGGGUGCAGGGCUCGAGCCUCCGCAGCUCUAGUUCCCGCCUCCCUGGGCAGCUGCACGCGGCGCCCGCGGCGCCCGCGGCCGGGGUUCCGCCUCCUCCCCCUCGAAGGCGCAGGCUCCGAGUCUCCUCUGCGGCCUCGGCCUCCUCUGGGCGGGGCGGGCCUGAGUCACUGGAGCCCCGAGGCCGGCGGGGUCGCCCGGUGCGGAGCGCGCGCCCAACCGCCCCCAGCACCCGCGAACGUUGCAGUAACGGCCACGGCGCGCGCUCCGCCGCAGACCAUGUGCCGCCGCCGCAACCACCGCUUUCGUCCGCUCCCGUCCGCGGUCUCGAGCACACUGCUCUUCUCCAGCCUCACCCGCCCCACCCGUCUCGUCCUCCACCCCGUCAGCCGGCCGCCGCCCAAUCCCAGCGCCCCGGCCCAGUUCUGCCGACCAAUCACAGGCCCGGGCCGCGACGUCCAUCACAGCGCCUCAGCCCCGCCCACGUGCCAUUCGAGGGCGGUGCCCCCACUACCACUACCCCCACAUCUGCAGACAAUCGAGGAGCCCCACCCCACCUGUCAACGAGGCAGGCGAAAGUCCCGCCCUCCGUCUAUACUGACCAAUCCCGGCGCACCUCUUCCUCCUAAGGGCCUACGGCCCGGAUGAUUAAAGUACUGGGACCAAUGACAGCCUGGAACAGAUGGGGGGGAGACGAGCGCAGGCCUAAAGGCGUCACGUGAGCCGUCCACCCACGCCUUUUAAAGAGACCGUGAUGGAGAGGGCCACAAUACUUUGUUUUCAAGGGUGUGGCAGAGAGGCUGAUUACCAUUGAUGAAUUCUUUUGACCCCAGCAACUCACAAAGACUAAGGCUUGGAAGAAUUUCAGUAUGGCUUAAGGAUCCUUGCAGUAAACACAUAUUUACCAGUCUUCCUGCAGUCUCAAGCAGAUGUCAGCCCGGCCAGAAUCCUGGAAUCAUCUUUCUGAGAGCCAGAAUGGGAAGAGAAGGCAGUCUCCGAGAUGUGGCUGCUAUAGAGAAAAACAUCUUGAACAUAUGUCAUUGGUAGUUAUAUGUGAAAGUACAGCAAAUGAAGUGUAAUUAUGAUGAUUGGUACAUAGUCCUUUGAAGGAAAGGAGAAAAAAAGCAACUAAAAUUCAAGCUUGAAUUUCUUUCAUAAAUUCAUAAACUGUCCAAGACAGUCAUGAUUAUUGCCUUUGUCUGUUACAAGAGUACCCUCACAAAGACCAGCCAUAGUAUGCAUCACCCCUGGAGAUUGUGUGUCACAGUCUUGGAGGAUCCACAAGCAAGUUCAGUAAUCAGUUUCAGGAUAAAAGGUUCCUGUAACCAUAGUGACCUUUGAAGAAAGAUGCUCAUUCCUUACAGGAAAGUGUCAUCACAGACAGGAUUCAGGAAUCCUGCACAGGUGUAAAGCAAGGCUAUCCAACAUAGUUAUGGACCAGAAUCCCUUUGUUAAAAAUGCUUCAUAAAAUCAUAGUUGGAAUACACUUAAGAAGCCAUCUAA